CAGAUUUUGAAGGCAAGACAGAUCUCAACAUUCGUGCUUUAGAGGUUGUGGAAGAACUUAGAACUAAAAGAGCACACAAGCAGGGAAAUUUGAAGAGAGUGACCUCUUCCUUUGUGCCUCUAGCGUCUUGUUUUGCAAGGCGAUGAUUGAGGCCUCCCCGUUCUCCUCACUCGAGCAAUCAAGGUCAUUCGCAAGAGACCUGUGGUUCAACAAGUUGCCCAUUCAGUCAUGGCUGGACACAUUCUCAGCACACAUGCACUUACUUGAUGCUAUUACUAUUGCGCGUGGGGAUAUUAGGGAGGCAUUGCUUCAAUUCGCAACAAAGUACCGAAAAAAAUUCGGCUUCGGGUUCGUCACUAGCACGAACCUGCGCCUUUCGCAACAAAUACUGGAGGAGGUGCAGGCACGAUAUCAGAAUAGUCUGCAAGUUGAACUUGAAACGGCGUCUCGGGAGGAAUUCAUUCUUAUAGAAAGAGGUCUUACGAAACUAUGGGAACGUUUGUCUCGGGAAAAUACUCUAGAUGUUUCCGAAGAGACCGGCGAGGUAGUUCAAGAUUCGAUGCUCGAAGAAGACGUUGCGCCAGAUAGUUCUGAUGAGGUUGUCUCUAAAGGACACCAACCUUCCAUCAUAACCUUUGACCUCAAUAAAACUCCAGAGGAGAAUGAUAUUUGCUGACUCAACUCUUUAUUAUUAGUCUCUCUUAUCUCACGAAAUAUUAGGACUGAACUGAACAAAGUGACUAUUUGUGAUUAUUCCUUUGCCGGUUGAAUUCGACGUUCUGAUAAUGAAUUUGGAAUAGAUUAAACUCAAAUUACUAUAUAUCUAACAUUAGAUUUAUUUAAGUUU